ACCGAAGCUGCGCGGUAAUUUAAGCGGAUAGUGGGCAAAAUAUAAACAAAUUUAUUUGAUAUCCAUUUAAAAUGCAUCUACAAAUGCCAGAUAUGGUGCAACACUUAGGGAGAAGGGAGAUUCCGAAGAGAUUGACCCGUCCAUGACAUGCCAGCGAUACUGGAGGUCCCAGCACGCAACAUUACAAUAACGACCCCCCGUUAAACGGUGCAUGCAACCAAAUGCCAUCCAACCAGCCAACACAGUUGCAAAGGAGCCACCGGGGAAUCAUGUUGCCAGGUGCCGUACACAAUUUGAGCCUGGUCUACGCCAUUGUGUGGGCCAUUGACCAUCAUUACGGGCAGUCGACUAGCACGGCCCUGGCCCUCGUGCAGUUCGCCACCAGCGAGGCCAGUCGGGGCUACCACAAUGAUCUGAUUGACGCGACGCUGUGUCGUGCCUCGGGUGCGGGUAAAAUUCAGUUUCUCCUCGAGGAUGAGCUCAUGGACACGACGGAGAACAUCGAUGAGUUGCCACCGCCCAGUGGGGUGACGGGACGACCCAGUGCCAUUUGGUUUUUGGACAGCCUGCGUGCGUACAUUCGACUGGAGCGCUAUCUCCUUCAGGCGGGCAGCACCUACAAGCGGAACGGCUACUUCAUCAUUGUGUAUACGGGCCGGGAGACGCAGCCCCUGGAGACAAUCAAGAUCAUGUUCAGGCGCCUCCUCAACAUCUAUGUGCUCAAUGUGAAUGUGUUCCUGAUGCGACGCGGCACCGUACAGAUGUACACCUACUAUCCGUACGGACCACAUCGCUGCCGGUCGUCGCUGCCCGUGUACUACGGCUCCUUUCAGGGCGUGCCCUCCAGUGCGGAAUUCGGACUCCGGAAGCAGCUCUUUCCCAGCAAACUGACCAACAUGCAUGGCUGUGAACUGGUCGCAGCGACCUUCGAGCAUCGGCCCUAUGUGCGAAUCGAUGACGAUGCCAAAUCGCCCAACGGUCGGCGUCUGCACGGCAUCGAGGGAAUGAUCUUUAAUUCCCUGGCGGAGCGCAUGAAUUUCACAGUCAAUCUGCUGGAGCGUGAGGACAAAGAUCGGGGACAAAUUCUGCCCAAUGGCAGCUUCACCGGCAUUCUCCAAAUGAUAUUGGAGGGCGAUGCCAACAUCACAUUCGUGUGCUUCAUGUACAGCAAGGAACGAUCGGAUGUGAUGCUGCCCAGCAUGUCCUAUACGAACUUUCCCAUUGUGCUGGUCAUACCGGGCGGCGCGACAAUGACGUCGCUGGAGCGCCUCAUGAAACCGUUUCGCUUCAUCAUCUGGUCCUGUCUGAUUGUGAGUGUGCUGCUCGGCCUCAGCCUGAUUGCCGUGCUGCAGGUAAUGCCAGUGCCAGCGCUGCGCGAGCUGGUGCUCGGUAGAAGCAAUCGAUUGCCCUGCCUGGGCCUGUGGUACAGCCUCAUGGGCGGCCUGGCGCUGCAUACGCCGCGGCGCAACUUUUCACGCUACCUGCUGGUCAUGUGGCUGCUCCAGACUCUGGUGCUGCGUGCCGCCUACACCGGCCAGCUGUAUCUGAUCCUGCAGGAUGCUCAGGUGCGCACACCACUGCAGACGCUGGCCGAGGUGCUGGCCAGAUAUGCGUUCUACAUGCUGCCGGCAUUGAGGGGCGUCUUCCGCGACUCGCUGCUCAGCACAAACGUCCAUGUGGUGACGAGCCACCAGGCCGUGCUACGUCGACUGCGCGACGAGGAUGAUCCGGGCAUAGCGGUGCCGCUGCUGCUGCCGACAGUCUAUGAGUUUGACUACGAAUCCGGGCCGAACAAGCGGCACUUAACCAUACUGCCCGAUGCCCUGAUCACAGCCCCACUGACGCUCUACAUGCGUCCGCAUUCGUACCUGAAGCGACGCAUCGAUCGCCUGCUGAUGGCCAUGAUGUCGUCGGGGAUUAUCUAUCGCUAUCGCCGAAUGUAUCUCGAUCGUAUCGAGCGAAUGGCCAAACGGCGCAACCUGGAGCCGACCCAGCCCAUGACCAUUGUGCAGCUGAGUGGCGUCUUUGUCUGCUUCUUGGCCCUCCAGCUGCUGGCUAGCAUCGUCUUUGUACUGGAGCGUCUGGCCCUCAGGCAUUCGCGUUUCCGCCAAGCUCUGGAUGUGGCCAAUCGCUACAUAGCCUGAUCCCUCAUCACGCACACUUUUAAGCUUUGCAUCGAGUUUUUAUUAAUAUAUUGAGUUAA